AUGGAUCGGGGUUCAUUGCGAGAUCCAUUUUUGGACAUCGAAAAAAAUGUUACACCGAUACCUAAACAACUGAAAAAGAGCGAAUCUGACAUCGAUAAGAACAAGCCAAGAAGAAAUCGGAUUGCAAUUGCCUUGUGCUUGUCUCUCUUUCUUGUCGGAACCUCAGGCAUUAUCUUCAGUAGACAGUUUUCCAGCCAAGAAACUGAAUCCAAAGAGUCGGUUGUAACGUCGGAAAACGGCGUAGUGGCUGCCGACCACGAGACAUGUUCAGAGAUAGGCGCCGACGUGCUAGGACGACUCGGCGGCUCCGCCGUAGACGCCGCAGUGGCCGUCGCGUUUUGCUUAGGUGUUGUGAAUCCAACGUCGAGCGGAAUCGGCGGUGGAGCCUUCAUGGUCGUCGGCUCACCCGGUACGAAUGCUAGGGCUUAUGACAUGCGUGAAACCGCUUCAUCUACUGCUUACGAGGAUAUGUUCAAGGACAGAGAGAAGGAGAAAGAAAAAGGACCAUUGUCCGUAGCAGUUCCAGGAGAAGUAGCCGGACUUUACGAUGCUUGGACAGAUAACGGCCGCCGUGUCGACUGGAAACUGCUGGUCGAGCCGUCUAUUAAGCUGGCUAAAGACGGUUUCAAGGUUGGUCCGCAUCUCGCCUUCGCCAUAUCCCAUAACGAUGAGAAGAUCAAGGGUGAUCCUGGUUUGAAGAGUGUUUUCAUGAACGUAGACACAUUUUUGAUUGAAGGGGAUACAUGUUACAACCGCAAACUCGCUGAGACCUUGAGAAAAGUGGCGGAGAGAGGGAAAGAAGCGUUUUACGAAGGGGAAGUUGCGGAGAAUCUUGUAAAGGAUCUCAUGGAGGCCAAAGGGAACAUGACGUUGGGUGAUUUGUAUGAUUAUAAAGUUAACGUGACCGAUGCGAUGGUUGUUGAAGAUAUUAUGGGGUAUAAAAUACAAGGAAUGUGGCCUCCGUCUAGUGGAACGCCAGGUUUUGCAAUGGUUCUUAAUACAUUGGCGGGAUACAAAGAUUUGAAUGCUGUUGAUAAGAAUCUUGCUCUCCAUCGUGUUAUAGAAGCAAUAAAAUAUAUGCUUGCAGCUCGAAUGGAUCUUGGAGAUCCUGCGUUUGUUAAUGGAAUAGAUGAUGUUGUGAAAAACAUGAUAUCUAAGACUUUUGCGGAAAAAAUUCGAGGGGAAAUUUCAGAUGACGAGACUUACCCACCAAAACAUUACCGUGACAAAUAUAACCAGCUCAAGGAUCAAGGGACGAGCCAUUUCUGUGUAGUGGAUAAAGAUAGAAACGUUGUGUCGAUGACAACAACUGUGAAUUAUGCGUUCGGGUCAGGGUUUAUGUCGCCUUCUACAGGUAUUAUACUCAACAACCAGAUGGCUGAUUUCUCGUUACCAAACAAGACAUCUGAAGCACCCGCGAAUUACAUCGCACCAAAGAAGAGGCCUUUGUCUUCCAUGAUGCCUAUAAUCAUCACAAAGGAUGAUGAGCUAGUCGGAGUUAUUGGAGCUAGCGGCGGGAUUUAUAUAAUUCCGGCGGUGAUACAAGUGUUCCUCAAUCAUUUUGUUUACGAGAUGAGUCCUCUAGAGGCUGUGAAGAGUCCAAGAGUCUACCACAAGUUGAACCCAAACGAGGUGUUAUAUGAGAAAUGGGAAGUGUACAACAAAGAACACAUUCUGCUUAAAAAAGAGACUCGAGAUUUCUUGGAGAAGAAAGAACAUUUCCUAAAGCCUACAAAUGUGGGAGCCACUGUUCAAUUUGUUGUCCAAAACGGACAAGUUUUGACGGCAGUGAGUGAUUUCCGGAAAGGUUAUUGCUUUAACGAGAGCAUAACAGUUUGGUUGUCGAGAGAAUCAAAAACCCACAGCCUUAGCCAUGGAACCGUUGGUGACGCCAUCGAAACAGAGAACGGUGUUGUGGCGGCUGACGACGGCCGGUGCUCCGAGAUCGGUGCUUCUGUCCUCAGAAGAGGUGGACACGCGGUUGACGCCGCCGUCGCUACUACCUUAUGCGUCGGCGUUGUUAACCCGAUGUCUAGCGGCAUCGGCGGUGGAUCCUUCUUGAUCGUUAGCUCGACGGAGGAUUCCAAAGCUGAGGCCUUUGACAUGAGAGAAACCGCUCCAUUAGCUUCUUCUAAGGAUAUGUAUAAGAACAAUGCGAAUGCGAAAUCCAUCGGCGCAUUGUCGAUGGGAGUUCCGGGAGAGAUAGCCGGACUUUACGAGGCUUGGAAACGGUACGGCCGUCUUCCAUGGAAACCGCUUUUCGAGCCGGCGAUCGAGCUAGCCAGAGGCGGUUUCGUGGUGGCUCCGUAUCUCGGACGGGCCAUAUCGAGCCACUCUUCGAUGAUACUCAAAGACCCUGGUAUGCGAGAUGUCUUCUCGCGAAACGGCCGGGUACUAAAACCAGGGGAGACUUGCUAUAACCGGGAGCUUGCUCGGAGCCUGGAGACGAUCUCGGAGCAAGGACCGGGAGCGUUCUACAACGGUACGGUAGGCGAAAAGCUAGUCGAAGAUGUGAAAAUGGCGGGAGGGAUCAUAACGAUGGACGAUCUAAGAAGUUACAAAGUCAGAGUCACCGACGCAUUGUCCGUUGAUGUUAUGGGGUAUACCAUUCACGGGAUGCCGCCUCCUUCCGGCGGAACACUCGGUUUUCCGAUGGUUAUGAAUAUCUUGGACAGCUACUCGGAGCUGUACACUGCUUCCGGGAAGGAUCUCGGGCUUCACCGUUUGAUAGAAGCAAUGAAACAUAUGUUCGCGGCUCGUAUGGAUCUUGGAGACCCUGAGUUUGUUGACGUAACAGACGCCACGAACCGGAUGCUCUCUAAGCCUCUCGCCGGAGAAAUCCGAAAGAGGAUUCUCGACAACACCACGUUCCCGCCUGAGUACUACUUGAACCGGUGGAGCCAGCUCAGAGACCAAGGGACGAGUCAUUUCUGCAUCGUGGACAAGGAUCGAAACACCGUGUCGAUGACCACGACGGUGAACUACGUUUUUGGCGCCGGCGUUUUAUCGCCUUCCACCGGAAUCUUACUCAACAACGAGAUGGAUGAUUUCUCGACACCGACGGAAAUCACACCGGACAAUCUCCCUCCGGCGCCUACAAAUUUCAUUGAACCAAACAAAAGACCAUUAUCUUCCAUGACACCUCUCGUUAUCACCAAGGACGGUGAGUUGGUGGCGGUGCUUGGAGGAAGUGGAGGAAUGAAUAUAAUUCCGGCGGUGAUUCAAGUUUUUCUUAAUUGCUUUGUGUUGAAGAUGAAACCUUUAGAAGCUGUGGAGAGUGCAAGAGUUUACCAUAAGUUGAUACCGAACGUUGUUCGAUAUGAGAACUUCACGGCGAUCAACGGUGAUCACAUAGGAAAACAGAAACCAUUCAAGGGAUUACUCACCGCAGUUAGUGAUCCUCGUAAAGAUGGGAAGCCAGCUGCAGCUUGA